AUGUUGUCGGAUGUAGUCCCAGUGCUUUGCAGGCCGCCCUGCCAUUGCCUCUCGUACACCUGGGGUCCUCUGGUCAACAACGAAGACUGCAUCAAAGAGUACGCGGAAGGUGAAGAGUCAGUCCUGGAAUCUGACGGCGGACUACAACGCAUCGGAGUGACAAAGAACCUCUACUAUGGUCUACGGCUGGUUACUAGGACGAAGAGGUGGGUGAAGUACAUCUGGAUCGAUGCCUUGUGCAUCUGCCAGACGGACCUGGCUGAGCGCGCGUCCCAAGUUGGAUUCAUGACGGAGAUCUAUUCGCGGUGCGGAAGAGUCAUUGUCUGGCUCAGCGAAGGCGGCUUGAUGGCCCCUGGAUUGGCCAACUUGUAG